UUACUUUCUGAUUCUGCAUCUAGAUAAGUACCUGUCACCAGAUCCUUGAGUGCUGUUACAAUGGCAACUACCUUUAUGCGGAGCUCCUCUUCUAGCUAUGGUGGUGGUGGUCUGGGGUGUGGGGUUGGUGGCAGUGGCUCCUCUCGUGUUUCCUCUGUUCGAAUGGGAGGAUCAUACAGAGCUCCAACUAUUCAUGGGGGAUCUGGUGGCAGGAACAUUGCUGUCUCUUCUGCUAGGUAUGCCUCCUCCGUAGCUGGUGGAUAUGGUGGAGGCUUGGGUGGCGGCCUUGGUGGUGGAUAUAGUUCUGGUUUUGGUGGGGACUAUGGAGGAAGUGCUUUUUACGGUGGCAUUGGAGGAGGUGCUGGGGGUGGCUAUGGAGGAGGUUUUGGUGGCUUUGACUUUGGUGGUGGCUUUGGUGGUGGUGAUGGAGGCGUUCUCUCUGGAAAUGAAAAGAUAACGAUGCAAAAUCUGAAUGAUCGUCUGGCCUCCUACUUGGACAAGGUACGAGCUCUGGAAGAGGCCAAUGCUGACUUGGAGGUUAAAAUCCGAGACUGGUAUCAGAAGCAAGGUCCCACUAGCCCAGCCCGGGACUACAGUCCUUAUUACAAGACAAUUGAGGACCUCCGAGACAAGAUCCUUGCAGCUACCAUCGACAAUUCCAGAAUCAUUUUGGAGAUUGACAAUGCUCGGCUGGCUGCAGAUGACUUCAGAAUGAAAUAUGAGAAUGAAUUGUACCUUCGCCAGAGUGUUGAGGCUGACAUCAAUGGCCUGCGUAGGGUCCUGGACGAGCUGACCCUGGCCAGAGCUGAUUUGGAGAUGCAGAUUGAGAACCUGAAGGAAGAACUGGCUUACCUCAAGAAGAACCAUGAGGAGGAAAUGAGAGAAUAUAGCAACCAGAUGACUGGAAAGGUCAGCGUAGAGAUGGAUGCUGCUCCUGGUGUUGACCUCACCAAGGUUUUGGCUGAGAUGAGAGAGCAAUAUGAAGCACUGGCUGACAAAAAUCGUAGAGAAGCUGAGGCCUGGUUCUUUACUAAGACUGAGGAGCUGAACCGUGAAGUAGCCACCAGCACCGAACAGAUACAGACCAGCAAGAGUGAGAUGACGGAAUUGAGACGCACACUCCAGGGCCUGGAGAUCGAGCUCCAGUCCCAGCUCAGUAUGAAAGCUGGGUUGGAAGCCAACUUGGCAGAUACAGAAUCCCGAUACUGUGCCCAGCUGGCACAGCUCCAAGCCAUGAUCACCAGCAUAGAGGAACAGCUGGCUGAACUCCGAUGCGACAUGGAACGGCAGAAUCAAGAAUAUAAGAUGCUUCUGGACAUCAAGACCCGUCUGGAGCAGGAGAUUGCCACAUAUCGUCGGCUGUUGGACGGACAGGACUCCCAGCUAUCAGGAUCAGGAUGGGCUCCUAAGGAGGCAGGAUUUAGUAGCAGCAGCAGCAGCAUCAAAGUUCGCGUAGAAGAUUCAGUAGAUGGAAAAGUAGUUUCCCAUGACAGGAAAUACUGAAUCCAUUCACCCACAGAUGACCACCUGUCCAACACCAGUUUUAAACACAGCAGUCAUCUGAGAGGGCUGCAAGAAAUACUUCCUGACACAAUCAAAAGGAACCUGUUUGGCAUGCACAGUAGAAAACACUAAAAAGAAAUGUUAAUUCCUGUUUCUAGCAGUCGCAAUAGUCAAACUGAAAAAUAUGCAACAGCUUGGUGUCUUUCCUUAACAUUUAUUUUCUUUUUGCAUCAUUAUUAUCUGUGCUUACAGCCCAGGGAUAAAGGGCUUAUUUUACUACCAGCAGCUUUAUUGUACCACAUCAAUGAAACUAAUAAAGUUUCUUUCCUGGCUUAUGCAAAAA